GCGGCUCAUUCGCUACGUGCUCGUCGAACCGCCGAGACGUUGAAUUUCAAUCCGCUGCCGCCUUCGUCGCGGGUGUGAGAAGUUACCCAGUUACCCUCAAAAAAGAAAAAUACAUAAAAAUAUUGGGAAGAAAACCUGAUUUCUUCUAAAAAGUUGCAUAAAUAACACCAUUUAAUAUGCACUUUUUUCUGCCGCGUUAAGCAUUUCCUAUCGAAUUAAGGUGGCGUCCCAAAAGGUCAAUCCACCAUUUCCGUUUUGCCCCUCGCGUUUGUGUGAUAUCAUAUGAUAUGAAAUGAAGUGAAUUAAACCAUCUAAGCAGUUUUCAAUGAGUGCACACAUUACGGAAUUUCAAUUACUUAGCCACUCGACGCGAAAGGCGUGGACUUCAAGAUAUUCAUAGAAACAAACGACAACGAACUUAAAACGGGGGAGUAGAAGGGGAAACCCAGCGAACAAACUCCAAUUGCAACUCUCGGAUAUCCAACAGCAAUUGCAGACCCAAAAUUAUAAGCCAGCCGCCGCAUUUCCAUUGGAUUUUGGUGGAAACUUGCGACUAACAAAGCGAAUUUCAAAUGUGAACCAAUCAUACAACAAAAACCCAAAAUAGCGUGCAUGAAAAAAAAGAUAUUGUUAAAACAACAAAAGAAACAUUAGGCAAAAUUGUUUCCAAAGCCUUUUUGUAUUUUUUUUUUUUUGAAAGUGCAGUGAAAACGAAAUAUGAUUAAUUAGCAAUGCGGCAAAAUCAUUAAUGAAUAUUAAGUAAAGCACAAAAAAAAAAAACGGGAAAAGUAAAGAAAAAAAAACUUGCAUUUGGAGCAGAAGAGAGUUUGGCGCAAUUUUAAAUGCCGGCGACUAAAGACGCGUUCGCGUUUUAACUUGCCCAAAAACAGGCGGAAGAGUGAUAGCCAAAUAAAAAGCGAGUUCGUUGCAUAAAUUUCGCGGGUGUCUAUGUGAAAAUGGCCACUUCGGAGCAGAGCAGGCGGCCCCUGGAGCCGAUCUUCAUCGCCACGCCGCCACACACCCCGCUGCUGCACCACCAUAGUUCCAUCACGCGCACCACAACGCCCCGUGAAAUGCCCACCAUGUACCACUUCGAUUUUGCAGCAAUCCACGGCACCACGGAUCCCGAGGCGGAAGACCCGAUGCAGGGGGGCGCGGAUGAGGAUCCGCAGCCCCCGAAGCCACUGACCUCCGGCUCUUCAAAUCCGGUGCCGGAGUACGCGCCCGAACAGGACACCCAGCUGACCCCGUGUCCGUGCUGCAGCCGCACCUUCAUCACCAGUGCCCUGCGCAAGCACAUCGUCAUCUGCGAGAAGUCCUCCAAGAAGCGCAAAGUCUUCGAAUCGUUCCGCCAGCGCCGCGCUGGAACCGCCCUCUCCACGUACGUGCUGCCGAAGAACUUCGGCAUGCCCAAUGCAGAACGCACGGCGGGAUUGCCCUAUCCUCCGACCAACAGUCGCGAGGCCACGUCCACUGCAGUGAGUGCUGCUGCUGCUGCUGCCGCCGCACCUUCAGAGCCAGUAAAGUCGCCGGCGCCAGUGCGUCGAAAGUCGCAAACCGAAAUGGUUCGCUCCACCGCUAGAGCCUCAUUGCGCAAGGCGGCAUCCACACUCUCCUCCACAUCCGCUUCCGCCGAGGCGCCAUCCACUGGGCCACCUGCUGCUCCUCCAACGGCUGCUCCGAUCGUGCGUGAACGAUCGCUGGCCAAGCGGAUCAAGGCGCCGGCCUGCGAUCGUUGUCCCCACUGCGAUCGGUCCUUCAACCCCAAGGCCUUCGAUCGUCACGUGGAGUGGUGCAAGGAGAAGGCCAUCCUGGCCACCAUGAAGUCCACCAACACCCAGGAGACGAGCAAGGCGAAGGAACGCCUGGAGGCGAGGAAGCAGUACAGGCCUCCGAAUCUCAAGACGAAGAGAUCGCUGGCCCGGGACAAGUACUCCGGAAACCAUGAGGAGCUGCUGGAAGCGGGUGAAAUGGCGGCCGCCAAGCCAAGUAUGAUGUCCCUUUCGAUGACCUCGUCCGUGCACAGUGAUAACAAUCCGCAAGCUCAAGUCGCAAGACCGCGUACAGCAAGUCGUGGGAAGACUGCGAUCACCCACAACCAGGUGAGCCUCUACACGAUGUCCAACGAUGAGGAUCCCCCAUCCUCACCGCCGCCGCCGCCCAGGGAACGUCGCUCCAAGCGCAAACAGCACGAAUCCUGCAGCGAAAUCGACGAGACAAUGGAGCGACUGAGGCGUAACACCGCCGUCGGUGGGGAUGCCCUCCAGCUGGCCAAACUGGAUUGCGUCGAGGCGCCAGUGCUCCAGCCCAGCAGAAGCCGCAAGAGUCCAAGAGUGUCCAAACGGGACAAGGAAAUCUGUUUGCCGAAUCUUCCACAAGUAACCAUGACGUUCGAUGAGCUCAAUGGGCUGAUCAAGCGCAAAGGCGGCACGCCCAUUUGCAAUCUAGAAAUGGAUGAGCAGGAGAUCGCUGGUUUGACCCCCAACCAGCGCCCAGCCACUUCGAUAGUGCGCCAGGCGAGACGACGCACUCGCACCCGGGAGAAUCCCAAUCUGGAGCUACGAGCUCAGCAGCCGCCGGGUUCGCUGAUCUCCAAGGACCUGGAGUUCGCCUCCCUGGACUCCAGUCUAGUGCCCCUGCAGCGAAUGCAACGUAAAGUCUACUCCGGAUCGGAGGACGAGUCGCCAAGGGCGGAGAUCCAGAUCAAAAUGGAGGCCACAACGAUGCGCACAGUGUGUCGACCCACGAAGAGAUCAGCAGCCCAGCAGGUGAUGAGCAACUUGGAACCGAUGCGUGCUUUGCCCAUGAGCAGCAGCGGGCUGAAGCAGAGUUUGGAGGCCAUUAACCAAACGAUGGGACAGACGGUGCUGCCAAGACUGAAGUUGGACUACCAACCGGAGGCAGAUGAUGGGGAUAACUAUACCAGUGACCUGAAUGACGAUCCGGAGGUGGAAGAGGCGGACCUAAUGAGUCGUGCGGCCAAGCUGAUUGAACGAUCUCGUUCCGAUUCCAAUCCCGGUGAGCAAAGUGAGGAGGAUGAGCAGGAGGAGGAGGAGGAGGAGGCGGUACUCAAACUACCUCCUUUGACCAAGCAAAACAGCAACGUGAGUCGCCGUUUGGUGCUCCUAGAGCAGGAUGAGAAUGGCACCAUGUACAUAAAGUCAGCGCCAAGUGCCAAGCGCCGUUCGACCAGCGGCCUCCUGGGGGACAAGUACGAUCCCUUCCUCUCGGCCAAGCGUCAGCUGGAGGAGCUCUGCUCGCCCAGCACGCCGCCGCCCGAGGAGGAGGUGGUGACUACCAGCACCACCAGAACAUUGACACCUUUAACCACAGCCACAACCACACCGACAGCCACACCCAGUAACGCCAUGACCACUUCGUUGACCACCAAGCCAGCACAACAAAGCACUCAGCGGAGCCUGCCCGCGUCCAAUUUCCGACGCACUUCGUCGCUGCGCGGACCUCGUCGCACGCCCAUGCUCAACAGUCGUCCGCUGUUCGCCACCAACUAUCGACCCACCAUCCAGAGGGGUCUCUCCGACGAGGGUCCCAUCUCCACGAACUUCUUGAAACCGGAGGAGUUCGAUGAGAUGCCAGUGAGGGCGGCCUGUGGCAAUGAUUUCCACAGUCCUCGAGUGGUGCGUCGGGACCAGAGUGCCUCCAAUCGCAAGCAGCUGCUUAAGCUGCCCGUGGGCAAUCAGGGCAACGAAGCCACUUCCCAAACCGGACGCAGUGUGGCCAAGACAGACUCGCUGGCCGUCUUCCUCAAAUACGAACAUGAACUGGAGCAGCUGAAUGCCAAGGCGGCGGAGCUGGCUGUGGCCAAUCAGUUGACCAGCAAGGAGCAGAAGGACAAGAGCAACACGCUGAGCAAGCAGAACUCGGCCAAGAGCCUGGGGCAGAGUACUCCGACGACCCAGUUGCCACCACUGACCACUUUGACUGCAUCUGCAGCUAAGGAGCCGAGCUAUCCGCCAGUGGCCACGCCCCUGCGUUUGGAGCCCAUCGGCAGGCCAGCUGCACCGCUGACACCCAUUAAACUGGAGAGCAUCUUUGGACCCAGGAGAUCGGAUUCAGGCUCAGGCUCGGCCGCCAGCGACUUUAUAGAUCCCAAGCUGAUAAACGCCUGCGAUAAUCUGCAUGUAAAUAGUGGCGUAUCCUCGGAUGCCAGCUCCACGCCCCAGCAGUUGUCGCAGCAGAGCACGAGCCGCAGCAGCUCCCAGUCCACCAUCACCCACAGCCACACGCAGGAGCGAAGGCAAUCCUCUGGAGAGGCCAGGAAUCUCCUAAAGCGCAAGAUGCGACUGGGACGCAACCAGUUCCUGUACGAUGCCUCGCCCGAGGAUGCGCAGGAUGCCUCCUCGGGUUGCUGCUCGGCGGACGACGAGGCCAAUCGCUCGUCCAUGGAGUACGAUGAGCAGUGCUGGCAGCAGCAGCAGAAGCAACUGCUGGCCAAUCCCCUGCUGCCCAUGGCUAUGGUGCACGGCGCCAUGCCCACCUUCGAUGACUUUGACUUCGAGGAGUUCCUCUCCUCAUUCGAGAACGAGAAUGACGAUGAGCAGUUCCCGCUGUUCAAGGACUGUCGCGAGUUCCUACUGAAUCGCUCGACGAGCAGGCAACGUUCGUUCCAGAAAGCGAUUUCCACGACCCAGACGACAGCCACACAGCCCACGAUUACCCCCAAUUAUGGUCACCACCAUCAGGCCAAGACAACUAAAGACAGUCACGCCCACAGGUCGGAGUGCAAUGCCAGCAGCGAGGAGGAGAAGAUGGAGAAGCAGGCCGCCGAGGAUCAGCGGGAUCAGAAGCGGGAGAUCUUCAUCAGCAUCGAGACGGAGGCCAAUGCCCAGGGCCGCUCGCCCAUUUCGCCGGAGUCGCUGCGCCACAUGGUGGGCAAUGCCCAGACGCCCAUCGAUGUGCUGCACAUCGAGAACGGGGACGAGCCGGAGCACGCCAGGUUCAGCAAGAUCAGCGACACGGAGGAGGCCCCAGAUGAGCCCGGGGAUCGGGCCAGUCAACACUCAGCUCCCAGCUCCCGACUGGCCCCAUCCUCCAGUGGCUCCAGCCUGGCGCCCAAUGUUCAGCUGAACAAUGCCAAGAACAUGAUCCAGCGCAUGCACAGCGAGUACCGGCAGAUGGGCGAGGAGGCCAGUGCCUCCAUGCGACGCAUGCUCAUUGUGGGCAACGGCUCAAGGAGCGAAGAUCAGGAGCAGCAGCAGCAUCAGCAGCCUAGCCGGGAUCACAGGAAUCCCAAUCCAGGGGGCCCACUGACGCCUUCGCCAUCGGCCGACUCCGAUGAGCUGAGCAGCCUGGAUGGCUAUCCCAUGUCCUCCUCGCAGGACUCGCGUCCCGGAGCCAGCUCCAAGCUGAGCUCGGAUUCAGCGUACGGCAGCAGCAACUCUCCUUAUAGCUUGUCGCGUCAGCGCUCCACCGAACUCCAGCCGGGUACGCCCCGAUCCCAGGGACUCCUGCGCCCGCAUACGGCCAGUGCCAAGUUGCCCGGCUUGUCCAUGUCGGAUGCCUCCACGCAGGCACAGACCAAGUACGGAACCCUCAAGGCUCGCCAGCGGCUCUUUGCCCCAGAAUGUGGCAGCAGCAAUGGCAACGAAGAUGGGGCCGAUUCCUCCAGCAGUGGAUCGGAUAACUCCCUUGCCGCGCAGUCGAAACAACAGCAGAAGCAGCAACAACAGCAGCAGCAGCAGCAGACCAGCAACUACAAUUACCAACAGCAGCAGCAGCAGCAGACCCAAUCCCAAUCCCAACCAACUUACAACACCAACAACAACAACAGCAACAACAACAACAACAAUCUACCGAUGACACCCACCACAUCGCAGCACUCCUUAAUGAGCAAUUCAUCCAUGAGUUUAAGUAUGAAGAUGUCGAAAUUCUGCCACGAAUGUGGUGCCAAGUUCAUCAUUGAGCACGCCAAGUUCUGCAUGGAUUGCGGAGUGAAGCGGGUUGUACUCUAGAUUAACCCCACGUAGCCGUUGAUUUCAGUAGCUCACUCUCACUCUCACUCUUACUCUCACACACACAAAACACAGAAAAGCCAACACUCUAAAAACACCAAAACACCGAAUGAACCCGGAAUGAACAACGAAUGAACCAGCAAUGAACAUCGGCUGAACUUCGCUGAAUGAGACCUGGCUGGAUCUUUAUCGGGGUCUAAAAUAUACCAAAUGUAGAUGUUAAACGCAAGCAGUUUACGGAUAGCGCUAACACCGCCUCUAUAUACAGAAUAAUAAUAUAUAUUUUAAUACAAACCAAAACAAGCAAAACAAAGAUUUUAAAUCGAACAAACUUUAAUUAAUCGAACUAAACUUGGCAUUUCUUUCGUAAACACAUUUCUCAUCUUCGAUUGCUUUUAAAAAAAAAACGAAAAAGCAAACAAAAAACGCAACUCAACGUAAACAAAUAUAUAAACACUUUAACAAAGUUGUUGAUUAACAAAGACUGAACGAAUUUAAACGAUAUAGAACGUUGGAAAAAAUAAUGGAUUAUGUAAUGUGACACAGGAGCGAAAGUAUUUUUAAACAUUUUUCAAAACCUAACGCAGCAACUCCAUUGUACUUGUAUUUUGUAAUCGUUUUACUAAUUAUAUAGACACUGCUUAAAAAUAUAAAUAUAUAUAUAUAUAUGAAAGUGCA